AUGUCCUUAGAGCAUGAUUACAUAGGCUUAUCAUCAGAGGUUUCUUCUAUGGAAAACAUCUCUGAUACUAGCAUAAUAAACAUCUCUACUACUACUUCUAAAGGUCUUAACUUGAAAGCCACUGAGUUAAGACUCGGGUUACCCGGGUCCGAGUCACCAGAGAGAGAUAAUGAGAACCAACAACUUAGUUUUUCCUUAAACAACAACAACAAUAGAGACAAGAGCUUCGUUUCUGGGGCUAAGAGGGGUUUCUCUGUUGCCAUUCAUGGUGGCUCUUCUAACUGGGUUUUCUCUGGAAAUGCUGGAUCUGUCCCGAAUUUAUCUUCUAGAGGUACUAAUGCUGGCAAAGACGGGUUGCCUCAGUCACCCAAGCCUGUUGUGCAGGAGAAGAAGAGUCAGGCUGAUGGUGCUAAUACUAAUGGUCAUGGGGCAGCUCCUGCUUAUAAGGCACAGGUUGUGGGAUGGCCACCAAUUCGCUCAUUUCGAAAGAAUACAAUGGCUUCUCACCUUCCAAAGAAUGAUGAUAAUUCAGAAGCCAAGUCAGGAUCGGGGUGUUUGUAUGUCAAGGUCAGUAUGGAUGGCGCCCCUUAUCUGAGGAAAGUUGAUCUGAAAACAUAUGGCAGUUACAUGGAACUUUCUUCAGCACUAGAAAAGAUGUUUAGCUGCUUUACAAUAGGUCACUGUGGCUCUCAUGCAGUUCCUGGCCGAGAUGGGUUGAGUGAGAGUCGAUUAAUGGAUCUCCUGCAUGGUUCAGAAUAUGUUCUCACCUACGAAGACAAAGACGGUGAUUGGAUGCUUGUUGGUGAUGUUCCUUGGAAGAUGUUCACCGACUCUUGUAGGAGGCUGAGGAUUAUGAAGGGAUCAGAAGCAAUUGGCUUAGCCCCAAGAGCCAUGGAGAAGUGCAAAAGUCGCAACUAG